UUCCCCUCUGCUCAACAUUUACUGUAAGCUCAGAGAGAGGGUUAGUGUGAGCGUGAUAAGGUGAUAGGACGAGUGUGAGUGAGAGAAAUCGCAAAGGUCAAGAGAGAUUUAUCUGAAAGUGAGAGACGAACUGACUGUGACUGACUCAACAUUAUCUCAACAAACGCAUCACUUGAAAAGCCAUAGGAUACUGAAAAGACAGAGAUGAGGGCUGUGGCAGUCACCCUCUGGGCCGUGGCUGCGUUAAUGGGAGUCCAUCAGAGCACCCCCUCCUCCUCAGAAAUCCAUACCAUUAUUGUCAACCUCUCCUCCAAAAACAUAUCCGCUGUUCCCAGAAACCUACCUCCAUGCACCGAAGCUCUGGACCUCUCCCAGAACAACAUACACAAACUUGGCCAUGAGGAUUUCCAAGUCACAACUCACCUGAGAUUCCUCAACUUGUCUUGGAAUGUCUUGGAGGAUAUUGAUCCGGAGACGUUUCAUCCCACUCCGCUCCUGGAGAGUCUGGACCUCUCACACAACCAGCUCCAGAACUUAUCUGAUCAACGGUACUUGCUGUUAGCGCUGAACCUCAGAGACCUAGAUCUGACCUUUAACAUGUUCCACACCAUGACCCUGGGGGUGGAGUUUCACAGCCUGACGAAGCUGGAGAGACUGGGGCUCGGAGCAAAAAUCAUCAGGGUGGAAGAUUUCAUCAACAUCACUGACGUACACCUGCAAACUUUGACCCUUCGUCUGGAGUAUCUCACAGCCUAUGAGAGUGGCAGCCUGAGUGACGUCCAGGCGGAGAAGGUCAGCAUCGGCCUGACGAACAAACCCACCGAUCGAAAUCUGAUCGCAGACGCCCUGUUGAUGUUCAACGAGGUUGAGCUGAUGGGUAUGAACAUCAAUGGCUUGGUAGCCAGUUACCUGGUGGAACUUGUGAAGGAGAGAAGGGCAGUCAACACCACACAUCUUUACCUGACAAAUAUGGCCAUCACCUGGAAGCACCUGACAAACACCAUAAACGCUGUGUUCGAAUCCCCCAUCAUUCACCUGAGCACUUCAGACGUGGCCAUCCACAUUCCACCUGUGAGUGACACCCCAGGAAGAAACACGUCCCACACUAAAUCCUUCUCUGCCCGGCGAGCGGGGGUGGUUAGCUUUUUCUUCUCCCUGGAAGUCCUCUGUAACUUCUUCAUCAACAUGCCGGUGGAGCGCCUGGCGAUGACGGAGACAUCCAUCAUACACAUGACCUGCCCCAAGUUGCCCAGUGGGAUACUGCAGCUAGACUUCUCAGAUUGUGCCUUGACUGAUACGGUCUUCUCCAGAGUAGAACAGCAAAUCACUGUAGAGUGUACAACCCUGAAUAAAGUAAACAUCCUGGUUCUGAGAGGGAACAACCUCAGGUCCCUUCAAACCCUGAGCAAGAGGGUCCAGAACAUGAUCUCUCUGCGUCACCUGGACCUCAGCCUCAACUCUUUGGUUUACAGCGGCCAGGAAUGCCACUGGCCACCAAACAUUGUCCACCUGGACCUAUCUUCCAAUGGGCUGAGUGAGUCGGUAUUUAGCUGCCUGCCGAAUGGCACCGUCAGCCUGGACCUCCAGAACAACCAGAUCUCCACUGUACCAGAGACCCUGCUGGUCCUGGACUCCCUCCUGGCCCUGGACCUGAGUGCCAACCGGCUGAGGGACCUCCCGGUGUGUGCUGGAUUCCCACACCUUAAGUAUCUCCUUCUCAGGGAAAACUCCCUCCAUGCCCCAUCUGUGAGAGUUCUGGAGACUUGCCCUGUUCUACAGGUUCUAGAUGCCAGCCGAAACCCCUUCACCUGUACGUGUGGCCUGAGGGGCUUCAGCGAUCUGGGUGCUGGGACUGGCCUGGGCAGCGGACACCCUGCAAUCCAACUUCUCCACUGGCCAGGAGCCUAUCGCUGCAGCUAUCCCGAAGCCUGGAGGAACUCCACACUGGAGGGUUUCCAGAUCCCUGAGAUCUCCUGCAAUGUCGGCCUGCUGGCAACGGCCAUCUUGUGCCCGGCAGUGGCUGUUAUCAUUGUUAUGGUGACUCUGUGCCACCAGCUGGACAUUCCAUGGUACCUGGGCAUGAUCCGGCAGUGGACCCGGGCAAAGCACCGUGCCAGGACCCAGCAGGUCCGGCCCGAGGAACUGGAGGGGGUGGUGUUCCACGCCUUUGUGUCCUACAGCCAGCAUGAUGCAGAUUGGGUCAAGGUCCAGCUCUUGCCUAAUCUGGAAGGCUCCGGCGGGGGCCUCCACAUCUGCCGCCAUGAGAGAGACUUUGUCCCGGGGAAGACGAUCGUGGAGAACAUCAUCCAAUGCGUGGAGAGGAGCCGGCGCUGUGUGUUCGUCCUCUCUCGCCACUUCGUCCGGAGCGAGUGGUGCCACUAUGAGCUGUACUUUGCCAGCCACCAGCGGUUGACCCGAGGGUCUGACAGUGUGAUCCUGGUGCUCAUGGAGCCUCUGCCUCAGUACAUGAUCCCCUCCAAGUACUAUCAGCUGAAGGCCAUGAUGGGCAGACACACCUAUCUGGAGUGGCCCCAGGACAGGGGCAAGCACAGGCUGUUCUGGGCCAAUCUCAGGGCUGCACUGCAGGCUGACCUGCCCACUGCACCUGUACGAGACGACAUGGAUGAGUGAGAGGGAGAGAGAAAAUAAGACAAAUUGGGGUAGAAAAAUAUUGAUAUAUUUCUUUAAUGUUAUCUAGAAAUAUCUAAAAUACUCUCACAUUUGUCAACUUUCCAACAAUCUCACAAUUAUUUAGAACGUCUUUUUUCUAUACACUUCAUAAAAUGCUGCCUGAUGA